AUGGACACUAAAGAUUCAACAGCCAGUAAAUCUGAUGACAACAAAAAUACGAAACAAUUAUUUGGAUCUUCAAUAAUUCCGAAUUCACCUAGACGAUCUAUUGGUCGUAUGGUACAAAAUGUUCUUCUUGUUUGGUUAGAUAAUAACAUUGAUGAAGGUAACAUCACUGAUUGUCGAAACACACUUAUUCAACUCCGACGUGUUGUUAAUACUAUCGAAACGUUUACCGAUAGUGAGGAAUGUAUUGAAUUCAUUCGAACCAUACCAAAUAAUGAUAAAGCUUGUAUUAUCAUUUCUGGUGCACUUGGACAACGUAUUGUUCCACGUAUUCACAAUAUGUCCCAAUUAGAUUCUAUAUUUAUUUUUUGUAUCAAUCAAAAAUAUCAUGAAAAAUGGGCUAAAGAUUGGGGCAAGAUCAAAGGAGUAUUCACAAAAAUCGAACCUAUUUGUGAAGCUCUGAAAGCAGCAACACGAUUAUGUGAACAAAAUGCUACUCCUAUUAGUUUGUUGGCUACUAAUGUUGAUACAACAAAAACAAAUUUAAAUCAAUUAGAUUGUUCAUUUAUGUAUACAUUGAUCCUUAAAGAAAUUUUACUAACAAUUAACUUUGAAAAAAAACAUAUUAAACAAUUUAUUUCUUAUUGUCGUAAACAAUUCGCUGAUAAUGAUGAUGAAUUAGAACAUAUUAGAAAUGUUGAAAAAAGUUAUCAUAAAAAGACACCUAUUUGGUGGUAUACCUAUGAAUCUUUCUUAUUUGGUAUGCUCAAUCGUGCAUUACGACUAACAGAAGUAGAUAUUAUCAUUGAUAUGGGUUUUUAUAUUAAUGAUCUUCAUCGUCAAAUUGUUGAUUUAAAUCAGAAACAAUAUCGUAUUAAUGAUAUUAGUAAAACUUUUACACUUUAUCGUGGACAAGGUAUGGAUAUUAUGAACUUCAAGCAAAUAAAGAAUACACCAGGAGGACUUCUAUCUUUUAAUAGUUUUUUAUCUACAACUAAGAAUCGUAGUAUUGCUAGAAAAUUUGCUAUUAAGAGUCUUCAAAAUCCAGAUUUAAUCAGUAUUCUUUUUGUCAUGACUGUUAAUCCAUCAGAAUCACAAACAGUCUUUGCCGAUAUUACAGAUGUAAGUUGUGUUUCUAUAGAAGACGAAGUUCUCUUUUCUAUGCAUACAGUAUUUCGUAUUGGUGAUGUUAAACAUCUAGACAAUGAAAAAAGAUUCUUUGAAGUUCAUUUAACUCUAACCAAUAACAAUGAUAGAGAUCUUCGAAUACUUACUGAUCGUUUACGACAAGAUAUAUCUCCAGGUGAAACAGGUUGGUAUCGAUUAGGAUCUUUAUUACUUAAAAUGGGACAACACAACAAAGCUCAACAAGUUUAUGAAAUUUUGUUACAACAAACAAUAGAUGACCAUGAAAAAUCAAAACUUUAUCUUCAAAUUGGAAAUGUCAAACAUAGUCAAGGAAAAUAUAAUGAAGCAAUUAAAUUUUUUAACGAUUCACUUAAAAUCUCUCAGAAAACUAUUGAUUCAAAUCCUCUUACUUUAGCUGCUAUCUACAAUAAUAUGGGUUGUGCAUAUAAUAAAAUGCACAAAUAUUCAGAUGUACUAUCAUCUUAUGAAAGAGCUCUUGCCCUUCAACAACAAUCACUUCCUUCAUAUCAUACUGAUUUAGCUGCAUCUUACAAUAACAUUGGUAAUGUAUAUGCACGCAUGCAUCAAUAUUCACAAGCACUUUCUUCACAUGAACAAGCUUUGGCAAUUCGACAACAUUCACUUCCUCCAAAUCAUCCUGAUUUAGCUUCUACCUACAAUAAUAUUGGUAAUGUGUAUUAUAAUAUUAAUGAAUAUUAUAAAGCACGUACAUUUUAUGAACGUGCUAUAGAAAUUGCACAACGUUCAUUACCAUCAUAUCAUCCUGAUCUUCAAAUGUAUAAACAAAAUCUUUCCUCAGUGAGCCAAACUUUGUAA